AUGGAACACUCAUCGCAAUGUAUCUACCGGAUAAAGCCGGUUGUCCGCAACUAUGAUUGGGGAGCUCCGGCACGGUCAUCGUUGGUGUACCGCCUAUACUCCCACGUCGCAGGGCUUCCUUCCACACCGCCGGCAGACGAAGCCGGCAACACACCCUACGCCGAGCUGUGGGUUGGCGAUCAUGACUCCGCUCCUUGCAUCGUAAUCGACCUUAAGACACGUGUUCCAUGCGCUAGUCGUGUACAAGAGGCCACGGAUGGGCCUGAGCAUGGAAGUACCGGUUCACCAUCCACCUCAUCUACCAAAGGAGUCACACAAGGAUUCACGCCAAGCAACGGGCAAGGAGAAAGGCUAUCUGCCGUAUACAAACGCAUGGGAAUGCAGCUGUUUGGGCAAGAAAACAAUGGAGUCCCCAUACUGCUGAAAGUUCUCUCCAUCGCAAAGCCGCUGAGCCUGCAAAUACACCCGGACCCAGACACGGCAUUGAAAAUGUUUGCGCAGAAGCAUCCGAGCAUUGUGGAUUGCCAGGCAAAGCCUGAAAUGAGUGUGGCUCUCAGCACAUUCCGGGCCAUGUGCGGAUUGAGGCCACUGAGCGAAAUUAUACGGUACGCGGAGCGCUACCCGCCAUUUGCGAGCAUGAUAGGGACUGAUGUUUUGGAAUGUAUGAGACAAGCGAAACCAGCGGAAGUCGGUGCCAUCUAUGCGAAGUUGUGCCGGCGUUUGCUUCUAGAGCAAGGUGAAAUUAAUGUCAUCGAGGAACUCGUGAAAUUGGUGAAGGAAAGGACGGAUCAUGACAUAUCAGAGCAGGUCAUGAUCACACUAAACGACCAAUAUGGCAAGGACAUUUGCGUUUCCUUUGCUUUCGUUCUGAACUGUGUAGAAAUACAGCGUGGUGAAGCGUUUUUCAUACCUCCAAACGUUCUCCACAGCUACAUAAGUGGGAACUGCUUGGAACUGAUGAACAACAGCGACAACGUGAUCCGUUGCGGGCUUACCUCCAAGGCUACUGACACCAAAGCUGUCAUGGAGCUCGUGGAGGUUGAGGUACGAAGAGGCGAUGCGUUUCCACAGCAUGUCAAUACAGUGACUCCGGAAAAGACAUCACCCUAUGUCACGAUCUACCGUCCUCUGCAUCCGCUUUGCAAAUUUGCCGUCUGGUUAUUCGAGGUACCGCCCAAGACUCAUGUUUCCCACUCAUUUAACAACGGAACGCGGCCGUUUUUGUGUAUAAUAGUGGAGACCAAUGAUGAAGUUAACGUGAGUUAUGGAUUAGCAGAGAAAGGUAAAGACGAGGUGGCGACUGCUUCCGCCGAAGAACAGGUGCCUACAGGACUGGGUGAUGCAUUCUUCUUAUAUCCCAAUGUAGCUCUAAACGUCAAAAAUAAUGGGGAUUCGCACUUUGUGAUGUACUUAGGCACCGAAACAUAA